AUGGCCUCAUGCACCCGCACUGAGACCAACCUGACCUCAUCCUCUGAGGGAAACACUACACCAUUUCCUAGAGUGUGUACACCUCUACCUCAGCAGGAAUCUGAGAUUCCUGAACCUGCUGCACAUUUUGACAUGGGCCCUUCAAUCAUCCUGCCACCGCUGCAGCCCCUACACACCUACAUCUAUUAUAGAGAUAGAGAGAUUAAGAUCAGAGAUUCACUGAGAUACAAGGAAAACAUCUUGUCUGAAUUCCACAGCUUUACUCAUAUUCUUGAAUGGAAAUUCCGCCUUAAUCUGAGCUAG